AUGACCACACCGAAGCCUCACAUAGCUCGCGAGCUUCUUGCACGCGCCCACUCACCAGACACAGCAGAACAGCUAUUCACAGAGCGGGUCAAACAAAAACCCCUCUACCUCAGACCGACCUCCCCCACACCUGCGGACAACCGAGAAAGACGUCGCAUGCACCGUGUCCGCAAAAAGGAAUACUUCUUGCGCAAACAGAAACCAAAGCCCCUCUCCGCGCGCGAAAAGCGCAUCUCGGGCCUCUACGAUCUUCCCAAAGAGGAAUGCAAAUAUUCCAUCUUUCAGGAGCUUCACAAAUUAUGGGUUGGCUAUAUGCAAGAGAUCUUGGACCUACGAGUUCGAAAGGUUCCCAUCACGCCACAGUCGCAUGGGAGCAAGCUGGUUACUGCAGAUUUUCAUGGUGCUGAGGUGGAGGUUGUUCGGAGUCGGUGCCCAGGGAGGGUAGGUGUGAAGGGAAUCGUGGCGAGGGACACAAAGUUCACAUUUAUGAUUGUCACAAAGAAGGAUGAGGUAAAGAAGCAGACCAUCUUCCGCUUCACUGUCCCUUUGCCGUCGGCAGAUGAUGAGGACACCGCCAUGUCGUAUGGUGAUACGGCCAAGAAGGCACUUACGUUUGAGCUACACGGUAGCCAAUUCGAGAAUCGCCCAGUCGAUCGGGCCAACAAGAAAUUCAAAUGGCGAAAUGUGGACUACAUCUAG